UUAGAAAACUAUUUUUGGUCCUUUUUAAGUUUUAGGAUCUAGCUUUUUCGGGUGUGUUUGUUCAGUCUGAACAAUAUCUGGGUUUUGAUUGAAUGUUGUUAUUUUCUGAAAAUUGGCUAAUUUUCUUCUUAAAUUGAGCUAAACUGGUUUUGGUUGUGAUUGUUUCCGGAAAGAUUAUGAAAAUUGCUUUUCUUUAUAUAUAAAUUUCAAUUUUUGAGCUAUUUAUGAACUUCUUAUCUGUUCUGUUAUAGUAAUAUAUACUUUAAAAAGAAAUUUUGUAUAUGAUGAUUUUUGUUCUGUUUUUACACGUUCAGCUAUUUGUAGGAUUUGGAUUAGUUUUAUUUGUGUAAAUGAUUGAAACAAUGUUGCUUUAUGUGGAGUGUACUGUGUUUGGUUUGAAUAAUUGAAUCUCGUGUGAAUUUGGUUCCAAAUUUGGUGAAAAAGAGUGAUGCACUGAGCAAUGGCGCUUAAGAGUACAGCUCCAAAGGCGGCUGAGAUUGCCAUAGGGUCCAUUGGAUGUGGAUAUGAUAUUGGAAUGGAUCUUCGGCUGAAGUACUGUAAAGGGAAUUCAAAAGAUUCAUGUCUUAUUGAGAUUCAUGAAGAUGGACGCCAUGAGAUUGUUUUACCUGGUGGAGUUUCAAUACCCAAUGUGUCCAAGUCAAUAAAAUGUGAUAAAGGAGAGCGCACGCGGUUCAGGUCUGAUGUCCUCUCCUUCCAGCAGAUGUCAGAGCAAUUCAACCAAGAAAUAUCUUUGACUGGAAAAAUACCUUCAGGCCUCUUUAAUUCCAUGUUUGAAUUCUCUGGUUGUUGGCAAAAAGAUGCUGCUAAUACCAAGACACUUGCUUUUGAUGGGGUUUUCAUCACCCUUUACUCAGUUGCACUGGAGAAAUCUCAAAUUGUGCUACGAGAUCAUGUCAAGAAAGCAGUCCCAUCUACAUGGGAACCAGCAGCAUUAGCAAGGUUUAUUGACACUUAUGGAACCCAUAUAAUUGUUGGUGUGAAGAUGGGAGGGAAGGAUGUUAUUUACAUAAAACAGCAGCAUUCAUCUACUCUUCAACCUGCUGAUAUCCAGAAAAGAUUGAAGGAUAUGGCUGAUAAAAGGUUUUUAGAUGCCAGUGGACAUUAUAACUUGGCGCCUGAGCAAGUCUUCCAGAGUGACAAGUUUGAAAUUAGGGAGCAGCGGCUAAGGUUUGCUAGUAACAGUCCAUCAAGUUCAUAUGCACAGAAAGAGGACAUUAUAAGCAUUUACAAAAGGAGAGGUGGAAGUGAUAAUAGAAACCUUUCCCAUAAUGACUGGUUACAGACGGUUCAGUCAGAGCCUGAUGUAAUCUCAAUGUCCUUUAUCCCUAUUACUUCUCUAUUGAAUGGAGUUCCUGGUAGUGGAUUUCUGAGCCAUGCCAUAAACCUAUAUUUGCGAUAUAAACCACCAGUUGAAGAGCUCCACCAGUUUCUGGAAUUUCAGCUUCCAAGACAGUGGGCCCCAGUUUUCAGUGAACUUCCUCUUGGUCCACAACGAAAGCAACAAAGUACUGCCUCUUUGCAAUUCAGCUUCAUGGGGCCCAAGCUUUUUGUGAAUACUACUCCGGUUGAUGUGGGUAAGAGGCCUGUGACUGGCCUCCGUCUAUAUCUAGAAGGUAAAAGGAGCAAUCGCUUGGCCAUCCACUUGCAGCACCUUUCCUCCCUUCCAAAAAUAUUCCAACUUGUAGAUGAUCCAAAAGGGAACUUCUGCCAAGAGUCUCAUGAUCGUAAAUACUAUGAGAGAGUUUAUUGGAAGAACUACUCUCACGUAUGCACUGCUCCCAUUGAAUCUCAGGAGGAACUUUCAAUUGUAACUGGAGCCCAGUUGCAGGUUGAGAAUCAUGGUUUUAAAAAUAUUCUCUUUUUACGGCUACGCUUCUCGACUGUCUUGGGAGCGAUGUCUAUUAAGCAUCCAGAAUGGGAUGGAUCACCUCGGUUGGCACCUAAGUCUGGACUCAUAUCCACACUAAUUAGUCAUCACUUCACAACAGUUCAGAAACCACCUCCAGGGCCAGCUGAUGUGAAUAUAAACUCCGCUGUUUACCCUGGAGGCCCUCCCGUACCUGUUCAAGCUCCUAAGCUUUUGAAAUUUGUUGAUACAACAGAGAUAACAAGAGGACCACAAGAGGUUCCUGGAUAUUGGGUUGUUUCUGGGGCAAGAUUAGUCGUCAAGAAGGGAAGGAUCUCUCUCCUGGUAAAGUAUUCUUUAUUGACUGCAAUAUUACCUGAUGAAGAUGACAUUGAUGAGCACUAGCGGAUUUUCCCUUCCACUUAUCACCUUGCUUUUUUUGCCCGCUAUGUUAGUAAAUAUUAAUAGAAAAAAGUUACUGAAGAUGAGUAUAGAGAAUGGGGAGUGGGGAGUGGAAACAUAACAAGUCAUAUUUACAGGGAUAAACUUAAUGGGGAUGGGUGAAUGGAUGGGAGGUUAAAGAGCUUAGGAGAUAUAAAUUCAAGUUGCAUUUCUUGUAAUGUAAAUUUUAUCAUUGCUUGUUUCUAAUAUAAAUUCUUCAAGUUUCAUGCUCAA